UAGCCUUACCUGACCUACUUACUUGUCUGGAAGACCUAGAGGGAACAAGAUGUUCUGCUGUUUCCAGGGUUCCAGAGGCUCUGGCAACAAAAGAGCCAAGAGCGGUUUCCUUGUUCGCUUUUGGAGACGUUUGAUUCGCCCUCUGACACACUUCAGGCAUGCUUCCCACAGCGAGCCCAAGGUCUGUUCUCAAAAUGAACAGGAGCCAGACUGUAUGCCCAGGCGUCCCCGAUUCAACUAUAACAGCAUAGAAUACAUCGUACAAAUGAUCUACUACAUUCCAGCUGCUGUUCAGCAUAAUGACCACGUCUGUAUCCGCAUUUUUCUUGCCAUGUACACAUCGUAUGCUAGCACUUGGCAGGUGCUGGACCUGCUGAUGACAACGUAUGCAUCCUUCCGGCCUGACUGUGUCGAAGACCAGCAAACCAAGAGUGACAUAUUCAGCUUUCUGUUCUACUGGUUUAAGAAAUUCCCCAAGGAUUUUUGUGAGUCCCCAGACCUGGAUAUUGUAAGGCUGUUCAUUGACUAUGUGAGGCGCAAUGUGCCUUCUAUAGACAAAGAUACCCAAGCCAGGGAGCUGCUUUCCGUGCUGGAGGAGCAGGAGGCCAUCGCACUAAACCCUGAGGAAGAUUGUGCCACAGCUCCAGAGCCCCCAGAGCAGGAUGCCUCUAGGAGGCAGGUGACUCUGGCUCUGAGGCCAGCUUCUAUGGCAGAGCCACAGGGAGACGAGCAACCCCGAGAGGACACUGAGCUUGUGAAAAGAGCAGUUCUGGAUUCCUUUGAACCAAAAGCCACAAUAGAGCUGCAUCCAACUUUAGAUCAAGCUCUGCCCACAUCACCUGAUAUACACUCACCUGUAGAUGUGGCUGCAGAUGUGACUGCAGAUGAGGCUGCAGAUGUUGCUGCAGAUGUUUCACCUGCCAGGCAGUUAUUUGUGUCUUACACUGUGCAGUUAGGNACACCAGAUUUCGUUUUCCCUCUGCCUGAGGUUGACAUAUAG